UGAUGAUGACUGAGCUAAUCCAGUCAAGGGCCCAUAGGUUUUGUGAUUGAUUGAUUGAUUGUGAUUAGGAUUGACAAGACUGUGAUUGGGAUUCAGUACCACCAGGAUUCACAUUAUGAUUAGAUUCAAUAUGACUAGGGUUUAUCAUGAUUGAUUAUGUCUUGGUUUCAUUAAGGUUACCAUCGAAGACAAUGAGAGCUGGUUGCGUUCAGAGUUGAAGGUACUAUUGCAUAACAUUUUUCACAUUUUAGUCAGAUCGUAAAUGUAAGAGCAACUCAACGUCAAAACGUCACAAAUUCUCAAACACAAUUAUUUUUACAUCAAAGCAGACAAUCAAGUUGAUACAACUUGGAUAAUCAAAGCAGUAAACAAUGCACACUUUUGAAAAAACUUGUUAUGAGAAUGGUUUGUAAUUGCAAACGCUUUUAGUCUAUCCAAAAUCAAGUCUUGUAUGACAGAAGUGACAAGACAAGGCUUUAUCAGCUAGCUUAAAUUUACUGCAAAUGAUUGGAAAACACAAGAUAAGGGGAUUAUGAUGUAGCUAAUAAGUGUUGCGUUGCUUUGACGGAACACGACAAAAUUUGAUAGUUGCAGGAUUUAAUGAAUUGCUUUGGAGGUAGCUUUUAUCAAAAGGUGGCUUUCAAGGUUUUGGCUGGCCUAAGUUGCAAUGAUGAAAAGGAAUUCGAAAUUCUUCACCUUCGAAUUUGACCGAUUCUAAACAAUGUCUACCACAGACAAGUAAACAUGAAAUAUGUAAAUACCCGAAGAAAGAAGGACCAAAGAAUGUUAUAGUCGGAAUCAAGUAUUUGGAUUAAUAUCGAAGAGAAGGCAGAACUGACAGGUUCGAGUAAAUCAGACCUUAACUAGAAACGCCACUGAAGUGUUGCCUUUUUAUCAAUGGAGUUAAUCAGUGUCCGAAGGAAGCUGGAGCUGGUUUUUGUCGCCAUUUUGCUAUUCUAUAUGGGAAGUUACAUAAAUGGAGCUCGCAGAACGAAGGUCCGUCUGAGAGGCCCGCCAGGAAUGCCCGGUCUCCCGGGACCCAAGGGCAAACGUGGGUGGAUAGGGCAACCUGGUAGGCCCGGAAAAGUCGGAGAACCUGGUCCAUCUGGGCGGCGAGGCACUCAAGGAAUCCAAGGAAUAGAAGGUCUAAAAGGUUAUCAGGGACAAAUUGGAGCAGAUGGUAGAGCCGGACCAGCUGGACCACCGUUUUCAUGUUCCAAGUACUACAAGCAAAUAGACUGUGCCGUUGGUCUUACUGGCUACUCAGGACCCCAUGGGCCUUCAGGGGACAAGGGAAAGCUUGGUCCAAGAGGUCACAAAGGGGAAAUGGGACACGAGGGUUCAGUUGGCAGGAAGGGUAAAAGAGGUCGCUCGGGACGACCAGGAUCCAGAGGGCUGCUGACAGAAAUUGAAUGCAGAACAGGGCGAACCAGAUUCAUGAAGCCAAUGCGAUUCAAAAAGGGAAGACAUUCCUUUGGGUGUAAUGAGACGAAUAUUGAAUUCUUAAAGGGCUUCGAGAUUGAAGCAAAUGGUGAAAAAAUAAGAUACAAAUAUAGAUGCUGUUGGUUUAUAAAUGUUUUUAGGUAACGCAAAGAGAUCCUGCAAAGUAAUUCUCAAGCCAUGCGAGAUUCAGUAUUUCAAACGACGGUCUACUCGAUAAAAUAUAAUCCAACUUCUUCUGUCCGUUUGCAAUAUUAUGUUGUAGGCUGUGUUUUUGUCCUUGUCUCUAACCUAUAACUCGUUUUAUUUUGUCAUUAGGAUUGGACAUCCCUAUACGGUAGCAGGAAUCUGAAGGUUUUCACUUAAAUUUAAUGAGUGAAGUUCGGGGAACAUGUUUGCUUUUUUAAUACAUAAACCGAUAUUUUUAUUAUAUAAAGCAAUUUUUCUAGUAUACCAUGUCAUAAAUAUAUUUUGUCUCUGCCUAUUCUGAAAUAAGACGUAGAUAAUCAUGUCCGAUGAUAGCCAUUUUCUUUCAAAUCUCUUGAAUUGCACUGGAUUUUCAAACGAAUGGGGCUUAAAUUAGGCCACAACUCUGACUUCCUCAAAAUAAUGAUUUUAGUGGCACUGAGUCCAGCCACCAUCAAUUAA